CGCCUAUGCACAUUCACUGGCAUAAGCUCCUCUGCAGGGCUUUGCAGCUGCCACCUACAAGCGAAGACUGGGCUGAGCAAUUUCUUCUAAUCAUGUGGCCAGCCGCCUGGCCACGUGGGAAGGCAGAGGGAGGAGAUUUAUUGCAGAGCUCUUUCUAGCUUCCAAGUUCCUGGUGUGUGUGUGUAAGCAAACGUCCCAGGGAGACAGGUACAUUUUGGGGCCUAUGAAGGUUGAGUAACAUCCCUUUAAAUACCUGCCCAGAAUUUUGUCUGUGCUGUGCAAGAUGCUGCCCAGUCCUGGUGUUUAUUAUUUUCCUUGGGAGAUUAACUCUGGAUCAGUCGCCGAUGGGGAGACACUGCGAACAUUUGGCAGGUUACACUGUUAUGACAUGGUCCAGUCUGAAGCCAUCCUGACAGCCCUGCACAGUUCAGUCCAGCACCAGGUCUGUGUUUGCACCAAAUUUGUGGAACCGUUCCAAGCCCAGCUUGGAUCCCUAUAUGUGGCUCUAGGAGAGAUUGAGCAGAGGGAUGGCGAGAGGCCUGUGCUGAAGGCUCGGGUGCUGAUGUGCGUGGAAGGGAUGAAUCUGCCCUUGCUGGAGCAGGCAAUACAGGAGCAGCGGCGAUAUUUCCAAGAGAGACAGGGGCAGGUGGAGAGCAGUGCCUCCUAGCCUUGCUGGAGGAAGGUGGUGUUGGACUGAGUCCAGGACAAGAGUAGGAGAGAGUCUGAGCCUGGAGGUGCUUUCCCUUAAGAAAAUCUAAAUUGUCUGUUUUAUUAUUGUAUUGAAUGUGUUCUUUGAGUGAAAUGUUCAUAAAUCAAGGAGAUGAAAAGAGCAUGCAGCCUGCUUCUGUUAGUGAUUAAAAACUGCAUUCAUGUUAA